AGGUGAGCAAUAGUCUGUGAAUUGUGGAUGGAUCAGAGAGGAGAAAACACCACAACGUAAGGGAAUGGUCAGGUGAGAAAGGACCAAAAGCCCCAAAUCUACCACAGUAAAGACCCAAGUUGCUAAUCUAGGUUCUUUGAUGAAGACUUAGUCUUUCAGAGCUUCUUUCUCUGCCCUUCGCCUUGUCAUUUCAGCAUUCUGGCCUUCCCUGUGAGGAGGAAAACCAACUGAGGCCCAGGGCCCUCCUUGCCCAUCCAGAGCUAUGCCAUGGCAGAGACUGGGGAAGAGGAGACAGUAUCAGCAGAAGCCUCAGGCUUCUCAGACUUGAGUGAUUCAGAGUUUUUGGAGUUUCUGGACAUGGAAGAUGCCCAAGAGUCAAGUGCUUCACUUAGCAAGUCUGGCCCUUCUACUGAGCCCCCUGGGAAGGAUGACAAGCCCAUAAGCUUACAAAACUGGAAAAGAGGAUUGGAUGUCUCAUCACCUAUGGAGAGAUUCCACCUUAAAUAUUUAUAUGUCACCGACCUGUGUACUCAGAACUGGUGUGAACUACAAACUGCAUAUGGAAAGGAGCUUCCUGGUUUCUUGUCACCUGAGAAGGCAGCUGUUUUGGACACUGGUGCCAGCAUCCACCUAGCUAGAGAACUAGAACUUCAUGAUCUCGUGACUAUCCCCAUUACCACUAAAGAAGAUGCUUGGGCAAUUAAGUUUUUGAACAUACUAUCAAUGAUUCCUACCCUGCAGUCAGGAGGGCGCAUCAGAGAGUUUCCAGUGUUUGGGGAAGUGGAGGGUGUGCUUAUUGUUGGAGUGAUUGAUGAGCUGCACUAUACAGCAAAAGGAGAACUGGAACUGGCUGAACUCAAGACACGCAGGCACCCUAUACUCCCUCUAGAAGCUCAGAAAAAGAAAGACUGUUUUCAAGUCAGCCUAUACAAAUAUAUCUUUGAUGCCAUGGUACAAGGGAAAGUGACCCCUGCUAGCCUAAUCCACCACACAAAAUUGUGUCCAGAAAAGCCACUGGGGCCUUCAGUGCUGAGGCAUGCCCAGCAGGGAGGCUUCUCUGUGAACUCUUUGGGUGACCUCAUGGAACUGGUCUUCUUGUCUCUAACACUGUCAGACCUCCCAGUUAUUGAUAUCCUGAAGAUUGAGUAUGUCCAUCAAGACACUGCCACUGUGCUAGGUACAGAGAUUGUAGCCUUUGAAGAGAAAAAGGUGAAGAUCAAGGUGCAACAUUAUAUGGCCUAUUGGAUGGGACACCGAGAACCUCAAGGGGUCAAUGUGGAGGAGGCUUGGAAGUGCCGGACAUGCAGCUAUGCAGACAUUUGUGACUGGAGGAAGGGUGGUGGAGUGCUCAGCUCCACACUGAAGCCCCAGGCCAAAAAACCCAAAUGAAUAGAAGAUAUGCUCUCAGGAAUGUUGAUUGUUUCUGUUCCUGAUAUAUUAAUACCUAAGUAAAAGAGGACCACUCUCUGAGCUUGGCUUUCAUAGAGCGUGUUCUUAUUUUGGUUCUUUUUUUAUUUCUACAACCUCUAAUGACAUUCAUAUCCAGGACCAAGGCUCAAGAAUGAGUGGGAGAGAUACACCAUGGAGCUUUGCCAUGGAUUGCCAAAAGGGUAGAUGCUCAUCAUGGCUGGAACAAAGGUAUUCUUCAGCAAACAUUGCUUUCCUAUGAAAAUUCUUUGGUUUCUGAUGUCUUCCCUAUUUUUUCUUAAUCAAGGAUUUCUACAUUUUACAUAAUAAAAUAAAAUGAAAUGCUGUCCAGGGUAGUUGAACUGA